AUGAGUGCCCAAUACUGCAUAUUUCAGAAACCUUCUUUAAUCUAUUACAGAAAUAUAUCAAUCAUCCUCAGUCAGAAAUAAGUUCAGAAGAAGAUGAAAUUAGCACAUUUUUCCCAACAAAAGAAUGCCCUUAGAUUUUCGAGACUCCAAAUAUACAUAAUCAGGCAUCAGCAAUACUUAAAAUGCCAGAGUCAUAAAAUGAUGAAUCACUAGAUGUAUAAAUAUAGAAUUUACUCAUUUUAGAAAGUGAUUUAAGUCAGUAAUCAAGAUAAAGGCAUUCUAGACCUCUCGAAAGUUUAUGAUGAAUUCGAAAAGGAGUACAUUAACUUGCAGGAUUUACUCUAUCGAACAUUUCUGACAAAGGGUAGAUUAUUUCACCAUGAAAGAAUACUUUGCUGGUUCCCAAAAUACUUACAGCAUUUUGAUGAAACUCUAGAUCAGAUGAUGAAUAGAGAAGAUGUGCUACCAAUUACCUGGAAAUACUAUUUAUCUAUUAUGGCUGUUAGCUGUUAUGACUGUGAGUAUCUUUUGAAGAUUUAAGAAGAAUAAUUUUUACUUUGGGGAGGAGAUAUAAAAUGGUUAACAGAUGGAAUAAAAGUAGUAGACAGAAAACUACAAAAGAUUGGAGAGUUAAAUGAGUUACUUGCUUUUAGACCCUGGGCAAUUAGUUAAACUCAUAUUGAUCAACUCGUGAGAGAUGGUGAGAGUCAUAGAUUUAAUUGGUCUACACAUGAAAUACUUCAAGCAGGUUCAAUCUUAGCAAGUUAUCACUCACUUUGUGGAUUGAUUUUUGGAAAUGGGAUUAAGGAAGACAUUGAUAUAGCUUUAACUUUUGAAAAAUCUAGUGUAAGCAAACACAAAAAUCAGAGUGCAAAUUUGCUGAAGAGUGAUUUAAAUCAACUUGAACUAGAGAAAACUAUUGGAUAUCUUCAAUGCUAGAAUGAAGAUGAUGAUGAAGAUUCUAAUCAUAAUUUUGACGAGAAGGAUCAAGACUCAGACUCAGAUCUUAAUCUAAAUAGCAGUAGCCUCUCUCCAUCAACCAAAGCUUUGGACUCGGUGCAAGAAUUGGAGGAGGAACAUCACAAUGAUGAUAACUUAAAAAGACUUGAAAUUUUUAGGAAGCAUAGAUCAAAUAUGUUAGACAGGUAUGUAGAUUACAACAAAGCUCAAGAAGCCAGUCUCUAGGACCUUUCAGAUUACUCCUGGGAGUUUCAAGGAGUUGAUCUAUAUUCCAGAUACUUACCAGAGUUAAUUGAGUUAAUGCAAAACUAAAUUGAUUAUGCAAUGAAAAUGACAAAGAAUACCUACGGUAAUGCAGCAAAUUUAAACACAAAUGACUUUAGAUAAUCAAUAUCAGUUUAUCUUAUGCUGAUUCAUGGCAUCAGAGAUGAUCAGUUUAACUAUACCAAAAUUAACAAGACAUUAUUAAUCCAUCAUAAGCGUUUUAUUAAGAAGAUAGGAUGCUAACCAAAUCAAGUAACCUAAAGUGAGUAUGAUGAAUUAUCUACAUUGCUUUCAACUAGUGAAAAGUGUCAUAUUUGUAUUCUAAUAAUGGAAACUAAAAAGCAGAUUGAGCUUUUAUGGCUCACAAAAGCUGUAAAUCAAUGCAUUAAUCAAUGA